AUGGAGGUCAAGGAAGAUUUCAUGACUUCUCCUGCUGGUGACAGUAAACCCACUUUCAGAACUGCCCAUUUUCUUAAACCCAUUGCAAACCCCAUUGAAGAACCAACUUUUAACCUCAACACAUCAUCUUCUUGUUCUGUUUUUGAACCAAAAGAACGGUCUUUGAAGAUCCAUUUCAACGGGUGGCGCUACCCACACACCAAAUGGGUUACUUGGGUAGAUCAACUUAAACCCAAGUAUGAAUCAGUGUGGAAGAAAGCUGGAAUCUUUGAAGCUAUUAUGAGUACUAAGAGUCACAUAAUUAAAAAUCAAGACUUGGUUUAUGGGGUUGUUGAGAAAUGGUGUUGUGAGACAAAUACAUUUGUGUUUCCAUUUGGUGAGGCAACUAUCACUUUGGAGGAUAUCAUGGUUUUGGGGGGUUACCCUCCCUUUGGUAAUCCUGUUUUCACAUCACUUGAAAAUGAGGAAAUGAGAGGUAGAGAAGAAGCUCAUCAUUGCUAUACAGGAGAGGACUGUAAACAGGUUAGUACCUUCGACAUCGAUGUGGAUGGAUACUUUUAUUGUUCUUUGUUUCCUAUUGCUGUUUGUCUUGCUAGAGGGAACCCAAUUGCUUUGGCACCUGCUGUUUUGGCUAGCUUAUAUAAGGAUUUGAGUAUGUUUAAGAAAACCAUUGUUGAUUUGAAAAAAUGUCCUGAUAAAUUUCACUUGGUGUUGGAUAUUAAUCUACAAUCACCCUUUUACUUAGUUCAAGUUUGGGUUUGGGAGAGGUUCAAAAAUUUGCAACCACAGCCAAACUCGAUAAAAAAUGGAGACCAUGUAUUGUUCAAAUGGCAUAAUGUUAAACCCUUGAAAAUUGAAAAUGUGAGGUUUGAAUUAGAUUCAGCUAUGGAUGAUUUUCUUUGGCGUCCGUAUGUUCGAUAUGCUGAUAAGUGUAGAGUGUUUUAUCCAGAUGAUGAAAUUGUGGUACCAUUUAAGAAAGAGUUGAUGGAUGAACAAAUGCUCUCAUUUGUCAUAUGCCUGCGAGUUUCUGAGCUAGUUGGAUUUGAAUCUAUAGAGCAAUAUUUACCACAUAGAGUUGCUAUGCAAUUUGGAUUGGAUCAAGAUCUUCCAGGUUACGUGUCUAGAUUCAAUGCGACUAAAGACAUUGCUUGGAAAUCUUACAGCAGACCCUUCUCUGAUUCUGAUAAAAGUUUAUAUUUUCCAUCUAGAUCUUUUGAGGCUGAUGUUACCACGCGUUAUGCGAAUUGGUGGGAAAAAUCGGUAUUACGUCCUCAGGGUUUCGUUAAGAACGUUGUUCCCCAGAAGAGAAGUGCAACAACUUCAUCAAAAUGUAGACCGCAUUCUAAGAUUCCACAUCCUAUUCCUAAACUUGUUGGUUGCACUGUUACUAUUGGAAAAUCUUGUGGUUAUGGUUCAAAAACUAGCAAGGGUUAUAAUAAUACAGUUAGUGAUGAUGUUCCUUCUAAUUUUCUUCCUAAACUUUCGAAAACUAGGCUCUCUGAAAAUUAUGUUCAAGAUUGUUUGAAAGCUGGUGAAAAUAUUGAUGCUGGUGCUUCUUCAAGUUUACCUCCAAAACAGAACACUCUGACUCCUUCGAUAUAUGUUGAGAAUUGUAAGCAUGUGUUGGAGGAUGGAAAUGAGAGCAAAGAAGUAUGGCUGUCAAGUGACAUAAUCUGCGAAUCCGGGACUCAAGAAGGAAGAUACACCGAUUUAUGUGAAGUAAUCGUAGCAGAACUUGAAGAAAGGGUUAGCCGACCCGAAAGAGUGCAUAGAGAACUAAAGAAAGCAUGGUUGUUACUGAGAAGAAACAUGACAGAAACGGAUUUCAAGGCAAUAAGGGCUUUUGUUGUAGAGGUUUGGUCACAUUUGAAAACAUGA